AACCAGGAGGGGGCGUCGUAAUAGCAGAAAGCCCUGAAGUGUGUGCUGCGUGUGCGAUGGGGCUCGCAAUGCUAGCAGAUGAGGCCCGAGUUUGUUCAACAGGAGGAGGGAGGGGAGACACUUAUUGGUUCCCGUCGCCCUAUAAGAGUGUGCGCGAGGCGUUUGCACCGCUUUACAAGCAGGCUCGGACAAUCCGGGGAGUUGGUCAGCCAGGCGGCGUCAAACAUUCUCACGAACUACGUGUCGGACUGUCCCCCCCCCCUCCCAGCCCCCUCCUUUUUUUUUCUCUUUCAAAUCAUAUUCACUCCCAGGCGGGAAUCAAUGAAGGAAAGACGCCCAUGUCAGAAACUCUCCCUGAAAUCCGCCAUGGAUCCCAAUCCGAGUGUUAAGUGUAAAAUCGUGGUGGUGGGAGAUAGCCAGUGCGGUAAGACCGCGCUGCUUCACGUGUUCGCCAAGGACUGCUUCCCUGAGAGUUAUGUCCCCACUGUGUUUGAGAACUACACAGCCAGUUUUGAAAUCGACACACAGAGGAUCGAACUCAGCCUGUGGGACACCUCGGGCUCUCCGUACUAUGACAAUGUGAGGCCUCUUUCCUAUCCAGAUUCAGACGCAGUUCUAAUCUGCUUUGACAUCAGUCGCCCCGAAACACUUGACAACGUACUGAAGAAGUGGAAGGGAGAGAUACUGGAGUUUUGUCCCAACACUAAGAUACUGUUGGUUGGCUGUAAGUCAGACCUACGCACUGACCUGAACACACUAGUGGAGCUAUCGAGCCACCGGCAGACCCCCGUGUCUUAUGACCAGGGCUCCAACAUGGCUAAGCAGAUCUCAGCGCCGUACAUCGAGUGCUCGGCACAGCAAUCAGAGAACAGUGUGCGGGACAUUUUCCAUUUGGCCACACUGGCCUGCAUCAACAAAAACAGCAAAAAUGUCAAGCGUAGCAAGACCGCCCGCUCCAGCAAGAGGAUUUCACAUAUGCCCGGCAGGCCCGACCUGGCAGCUGUCGCAUCAGACAUCCGCAAAGACAAGGCCAGAAGUUGCUCUGUCAUGUGACUGGUCAAACUGAGCAAGAAUAUACUGAUUGUAAUGGGGACUGAGCAUGGAGCAAGCAGGAUUGUAUUUGGAAUGCCUCUUUCCUGCAUGAGAGAGACCCAUUUUGUCUAUGGAAAGGGGUUCAUAAGCUUCAAUUUAUUUGCAAGAUCCUGGAAUACGCUGCACCAGUAAUUCAAAAUCGUCUCCUUCUCAGCACAGACCCCUUCCCUGCUGUCGAGGAACCUAUCUGUCAGUGUGAUACCUGCCAAGGAAGUGGCUUACUUCCUGCUUCCUGCAGGAGGGCAAAGCAGAUGCAGGCCAAAUCCACAGGAACUUAGAUGGAGAAGUGAUGUCAUGGGGACAUUCAUCAGAACACAUGACAUUUUGGUUGGGUGGGGUUAAAGACGUGCAGAUGUGUUUGGUUGGCUCGGUUUUCUUUGCUCACAUGGCUUCGGAGUAACACACUGUCACUGUGCUUCAAUUGUCUUGUCGCACCAACUGAAGCACAUGACAGCCCUGCACAAUGAAGAUUUGUUUGUUCCGUCUAAAGUACAUGUUGUGUCAUGUGAAGUCAUUGGUGUAUAACGGUGUCCCUAUCCCACGAUCAGUUGUUCUGGAAAUUAACAUGUCUGCACUAAGAUUGGGUGUUUGAAUGAAUGUUUGGUAACACGAAGAGUCAACUGGUGAUCGAUUUGGUUUCAAUUCAUCUAAUCAUUUUAUAUGGCAAAAAAUGCAGAAGAAAUAAUUUGACAGCAACUCAUCAAUUUUUCCAUACUGCGUAUGCACGCCUAUCGCAGCUGACUCUGGGCAAGAGGUGGGGUACACCCUCAAGUGGUCCCAUGCUAAUCGCAGUAUUCCUGCAAUCCUGCCAUUAACAUUUAACAAAGUUUAGGCUGUGUAGCCUGCAGCUACGAGUAAAUAAUUGUCAUGGGUUUUUUUUCAGGUACUUCGGUUUCCUCCCACGUCCUAAAAACAUGAGUAGUAGAUAGACUGAAGACUAAAUUGCCCGUAAGUUUAGAUGUGAGUGCAAAUGGUUGUUUGUGUGUGUUCUGUGACUGCCUGGUGACCAGGCCCGAAGAUAGCUGGGAUAGGUUCCAGCACGCCCGUGACCCUAGUGAGGAUAAGUGGUAUGCAAAAUGGAUGGAUGGAAGUUCCUUAAGCCUCAGGAUUCUUCUUGAGAAAUAUGAGCACGUCAACAUGUGAUAGCAAUCUCCAAGGUACCAAAGAUAUGGGGGUGCUCCAUCCUAUCGGGACCGUCCAUCAUUCCAUCCUCUGUGCACCAUUCUGUGGUGUUAGCAGAUAUUUAUUUCAGUCGUUAUGUGUUAUUCCUGCACUAAAGUUCCUCUCAUGUUUAUCUUUUUUUUUUGUUUGGGCAGUCAGUUUUGACAACUAACUGGUUAGGUCUCAAAGACAGUAACUUGUGAAAUCUGUAGUCUCUAUUUUCUCAAGAAGCAAAAGCUAAUAUUUAAAAAGUAAAACAUACAAAUGUAGAUUACCACCCUGCAUAAAGGUACAGGAAUAUAUGCAACGAUUCUCUGACAACAGGCAACGGUGAAGUGGCCUGUGCAGUUUGUAAGGCAUUAAAGAGACAGACGCGUGUUGUGAAUAAGCGCUAACCGAAUUCGUUAAGUAUGAGAAUAUAGCCUAUAAUUCUCAAACAAAUAAUUGUUUUCCCUACUUUACUAACAAUUAACAUUGGAGAGGUUAUUUGCUUUCAGUAGCAAUUAGUUGAACCAAAUGUUGAGGUAGGCCACAGGUUGUUAGCUUUGCCAGUUUAUAAACUCUUCAAUUUUCCAUGUGCUUCUAGCCAGUGGUGUAUUUUAUGAUUGUUUCACUAACUAUCAAGCUAAUAAGGGUCAACUUUACACCUCCAGGAGAGCGCAGCUAGUGCUAACGUUGCCUUAAUGUACAGUGCAGUUAACAUGUUAGCUGGUCAUUAAUCAAGGUAGCAGAAAGAAUUUGUUCUUUUUUUUUUUUUUUUGCACCUAAAGACACCCCUGCUGUUGCGUCAACAGGGUCUAUGUUAAAAAAUGUCUGUGCUGAGGGCCAGUGAUCGAGCAAAGCAACUGAACUAUUUUUUUACAAAUACAGGUGAUGAUGCACCCGUAACGUAACUUUUGAAACGUCCAAGUUAAUGCCAGAGCUUUGACCCAAAUCUUUGAUUUCCUGUUGUCUCCUGCAUGCGUGUAUUUUCAUGUUUUCUCCAGUUCUAAUGUCACCUUGACGAUAAUUGUUCCCACAAUAUUUAUUGAAUUGUAUGUUUUCCUUUUGAAAUAAAUGAAUAUUAAAUUGAA